AUGUUGAUUGAUCAUGAAACUGCAUCCAACGUGGGAAACUGGAUGUGGGUGUCCUGUACGGCUUUCUAUAGUCAAUACUACAAGUGUUACUCGCCCAUAUCGUUUGGAAAGAAGUGGGAUCCAGAGGGGCAAUUGAUCAGAAGAUACUGCCCCGAGCUGGCCAAAUUCGACAAGAAAUGGAUUUAUGAGCCGUGGCGCGCGCCCAUCGCGGACCAGAAGAAGUUUGGUUGCCGGGUAACAGGGGAUGGUAGUUCAUCGUCGAAAGAAGAUGGUACUGAGCAUACGUAUCCCAAACCAAUGUUCGAUUUCGAUGAGCGACGACAGAUUUGCCUAGAUGGUAUGAAACAUGCAUACGGGGUUGGCCUUUAUGGCAAUGAUGAGAAGGUCAAGAACGGAACUUGGAAAAAAGAAUUUGAUGGAGGGGACAGGGCAGCAAAAAGACAGAAGAUCUAA